GUCAGUCAGUCAGUCAGUCAGUCACUGUAGCCUGUCUGUUCUUAACAUAAGAGGAAUGUACGUCCAGCAUUGUGUGUGUGUUCUGUUCUGGCUGUGUGUGUGUGCUGUGGUGACUCUUCUCAGCGGUGUACUCAGCAGCGAUGGGACGGUUCUGACGGUUCCAUCAGGAGAGGACAGAGCAGAAAGGGACCCCCCCUCCCCUCCAGAGGUACGUUGCUGGUCUCCCAGUUACCCCUUCAAAGCCCUCUGCUCAUGGCCUGAGCCUCCACAGACCCAGCUUCCCAUACAGUACAUCGCCACCUACAGUAUGAAAGGCGGAGAGAUCCAGCAGUGCCAUCCCUACCCUACCUCCGUGCAUCCUCUCCCCAGCCCAGAGUCCUCUCUCCCUGGGGUGAAUGGCUCCUCUCCAGGGGCAAGGUGGCUCUGUGUCCUAAAGGGUUUAAAGCUCUACACGUCUUACAAGCUCAACAUCACAGGAGUCAACCGUAUGGGCAGCGCCUCCCACCUACAGGCCUUCACUGUAGAGGACAUUGUGAAGCCGGACCCCCCUGUGAAUGUGACUGUGCAAGUCAUUCCCGGGAAGCUGAGGCUGUUAGUGAAGUGGGCCCCUCCCCCUUCCUGGUCUGACCGCACCAUCUUCCCCCUGAAGUACCAAGUCAGAUACCACUGGGACAACAAGGGUACCCCACAUGAGAUCACUCUGGAUCCAUUUGAGGACACCAAGAAAGUUCUACCAGGGCUGUCUCCUGAGAGGUCUUAUCUAGUUCAGGUGUGUUCCAUGGAACUGAUGGGGCUGGGACAGAGCAGUGAUUGGAGCCUACCUAUUACUGUCACUAUGCCUGUACACUGAACACACACACAUACACACUGAGAUAACACAGGCAUAUAUGCGCAUGUGUACACACACACACACACACACACACACACACACACACACACACACACACACACACACACACACACACACACACACACACACACACACACACACACACACACACACACACACACACACACACACACACACACACACACACACACACACACACAUCAACACUGAUCAACCACAUUUGUAAACCACAACUUGACUUAACAAUGAUAAUAAAAACACUUGAUUUGUAAA